ACACACACACACACACACACACACACACUGAGACACUUUCUCAACCUUCUCAGCAGAGAGAAGACAGAAAGGUAAAGGUGUAUUAUUGGACAUACGCAUGGAUAAAUAUAAAUCUAGAUAUAAAUAGAGAUUCAGACACGACGGAGGAAUGCAAGCUGAAACCGAGGAACUGGAGCUGAAAGAUCUGGACUCGGAUUUGGAAAACAACCUGAAGAACACAACGGACUCUGAGGAUGGCGUGAACAGAGAUGAGGAGGCCGUGCUGCUCUGGGUUCCCACUGGACGCAGGCUCAUUUCUGGACUCUUUGGGAUCAACGUGGUGCUGCUGGGAGCCGCGCUGGUCGCCGGGGACACUCUGAACCCGGUCGGACUUCACCACCAUGAGCCGGAGGUGUUUUUACUGCUGCUGAUGGGGAUCAGUGUGGUGUGGAUGCUGUGGUACCUGCUGUGGUCACGACGGCAGCCUGGAGCCCCUCCACACACUGACCACCACGCAGGGGGCAUUACAGUCACGGUGGUGCUCAUGCUGUUUGCAGGUUUCAGCUUGUUGCUGUGUUUGUUCAUGAUGGCCUACAAUGUCGUGAUGACUGAAUGUCUGUCAGCAGCUAAAGUGUUUCUGCCCUUCAUCCAGACUCCAUUUCUCAUCCUUCAGACCUACCUGCUCUGGUCUCAUUCCAAAGACUGCAUCCACAAACACAAAGUCCUCACCAGGUCUGGACUAAUGAUAAUCCUGAGCACAGACGUCCUGUUAUGGCUGAGUGCAGUAACAGAAGAUACCAUCCACAUGGAGAUAGAACUGGAGAGACAGUACAAUGAGACUAUCAGCAGUGUGAAGAUCCACGAGGAAAGCGAGAACGAAAGCGAGAACGUGACGGCGUGUGAUUGCGGAAAUUUGCCGGUGUGCAUGGCUCUGCGUAAAGGCUACGAGGUCCUGUACCCCUUCAACAUGGAGUUCAGUCUGCUGGCCGGCUGCAUGCUGUAUGUCAUGUGGAAGAACGUGGGGCGUCACAUGAUUGGAACCCACUCGGGUCACGCCCAGAAGAUCACACUGCGGAUCGUGCGUCACGGUGGCGUCCUGCUCGGGCUGAUCCUCGGCGUACUGGUCCUGAUCUCCGGUAUUGUGGUUUUCUUGCUGUACCAGGUCUGGGUGGGGCAGAAGGAGUUGCGUCUGGACGCUUUUCUGAUGUUUUACAACUUUCACAUUUGUGUGAUGCCUGCUAUGAUUCUGUGCUCACUGGCUGGAACGCUGGUAUAUCGCUGGAAAGAGAGUCGAGGCCACAGCCAACAUCAAGGUGGCGAGCCUAAACAUGGAGGUAGCAUGGCUAAAGGCAGAGGAGGCGUGGCUAAAAGUGGAGGAGGCGUAGCUAAAAACCCAACACGUAGUCUGGACGUACUGCUGCUGCUGGGCGCCGGACUCGGCCAGCUCUCGCUCUCAUACUUCUCCUUGGUUGCUGCUUUGGCUCUCGGAUCCGGAGGCAUUCUGGGAAAUUUACACCUGGCGUACUCGCUGCUCAGCCUGCUGGAGCUCAUGCUGCAGAACAUCUUCAUCAUUCAGGGUCUUCACUCUCAUGUACACACUAACACAGUCUCACUCUCCUACUCCGUUAAGGACCAGGCGGAGGGUGAGAAGGCAGAGGCGGAGCUCGUCUGUAAGAUGGUGAAGAAAGAGGAGAGUAAAGAAAGAGAAGAAGUGUUCUAUCCGAAACAUGUCUCUCAUCCCUGGAGUAAGAGGAUCAUCCAGGAGAUCUGUACUUUCCUCAUCCUCUCGAACAUUAUGCUGUGGGUGAUCCCAGCGUUCGGUGCUCACCCUGAGUUUGAGAGCGGCGUAGGGAAGCAGUUCUUCGGGUUCUCAGUGUGGUUCGUGUUGGUGAAUCUUGGCCAGCCGCUUACUGUCUUCUACAGGAUGCACUCUGUAGGAGCGCUGAUAGAGCUGCUCAUCUCUGCAUGAACACACACACACACCACACACAGUGUAUCAUAAUACAUGACACAGUAGACUGAAUCCUUAAGGCACGACACUAUGGGUAGAAGCAGCAAUGAAUUUUUGGAUCUAUUAACACUCCUAAUGUUCUUCUGCUGAUCUGAAGCAAUAAACCAAUU